GCAUCCUGACCAGAAAUAAGAGGAAAAGACAGAGGCCCCUCAGACCCUGUGUGAGAAAAUGAAGCGAUUGUUGCAAGAGUCUGAGGAAGAAAUUAUGGUCACCUGGGAAACCUCCUCCAGGCUUUCCCCAGAUAAGGCUAAGGCAGAGACCAUGUGUGGCAUCAAGAGCAAAUCCUCAGGUCCUGCUGGAGCCCUACCAGAGGACAACUCUUUGGCCCCAUGGUGUGGGUCUGCAGCCUCAGCCACUGGUGGAGAGAAAGAUGAGGACCUGGCCCAGCUUUGCAUCUUUACACAGCAAGCCAACAGCCAGCUUCCUCUGGGCUCCACUGCCUGUGUUUCAGCAUCUGGUUCUCAGGACAUCUCACCUGCCAGCAUUACCGCAAGUUGUCAAGAGCCCUCGGAGAGAAACCAAGCCAGGGCCCUUUCGUCCAGAGACCCUGGCCAAGGCUGUAGCCGUGAACAGCGGGAGCCUUUGGGGGAUGUAGUAGAAUAUAUCAUCAGAGAGCUGCAAGGCAUCAGCCGUCUCCAGAGUGAGAUUGCUGAGCUGCGGCAGCACUUGAGCCAAGUCCGGGGCUCAGUGGACGAAGUCUCUAGCUGUGUAGACUCAGUACUGAGUGAAAUAGAAGGCUUGCAGGUGGGUGGCAGCUCCCUAACCAAAACAUGUAUGGAGGAAAAGGCCCAGGAACCCCAUGUGGACAGACCCAGUGAAGAAGCCAUUCUGUAUUUGUAUGGCCUUCCUGAGCAAGAUGGAGAAAAUACUAUGGAACUGGUGGACAGCUUCCUAGCUAAGCACCUCUGUGUUAAUGGCAUGCAGUGCAACAGGUACAUCAAAGAGGCCUACAGGGAAGGCAAAGCCCCUCCCCCCAGGCCCACUGUUGUGAAGCUUGCCCAUCUAGAGCAUAGAGACUUCAUAUUGCAGAAAUCCAUUCUCUUGCAGAGUGUGGGCAUCCGGAUUGCUACCAGAGAAGAGCCAAGCUGGCCACAAAGCUGUAAGAAUCCCCAAAAGGGGUCUGUAUCAUUUUUGCAACAAAAACUUCAGAGUGACAGUUGGAAUUAUUUAAACCAAGGUGAAUCAAUUCUUCAGAUGGAAACAGGGAACAGAGAACCCAUAACAGGACCAUAUCUGAUGAGGGCUCAGAAUCAAAAUAGAGAACACCAAGCCCCUGAGCAGCAAGGUCUUCACUUCCUACUCAAGAACAAUUUAGCAAAGCAAAGUGAUGUGUCUAAGCCAGGGGAUGAAGUAAAAGGAGCUUCAGGAACAUCCCAGGUUAUCCGUGGCAGCUGUGGUGAACUGGCGGUGGGAGAGGCUUCUCUGUUUACCCUCCAUCAAGUUGAGGAACCUGCCCUAGUGUUCAUCUCAAAAGAGGAGGAUUCUGAGAAGUCCCAGUUUUUCAAACAGUGCAGCCAAGAACUUGAAGCAUGUAAAGUAGCAAAAACAGAAAAUGACUGCAGCAAUAAAAGUGAGGCCAGCAGCUGCCUAUCAUUGUCUGGGUUGCUGAAGACAGAGAGAAUAAAUGCACAGGACAAGCUUCUAGGCUGUGAAACUGGGCUUGAUAUUCUGAGCUCAAAGCAGCUAGAGGACCUUUUGGCAGACAAAUCCAGAAGGUUUGCAGCUCUGAGCUGUGACAGAAUGAUGGAGGAAAUUAUCAUAGGGCCUGAGACUUUCAGUGACAUGGUUCAUAUUGACCUGAAUGAAGAGGAGGAAUGUGCUGCCCAGGUCCUGAAGGAUGUCCUUGACAAGUCCUCUUGUGUUCUAGGUGGCUCACAGGAGGAUGAGGAUGUGGAAAUCAAGUUUUACACAAGUAAACUGGGCCGAGCAAUUCAUCACUUUCGUUCAGCUCUGCAAGGAGUGUUUCAGAAACUAGAGAACAGUGGGUCCCUCAGUCCUGAGGACCUGGAAAGCAAUGAGAGUGGUUCCCAGUCAGAGAACAGUGAUCGACUUCUUGGAACAGUGAGUUCAGGUGGUGCCCAGGAUUGCUCAGUGGAGAGCCCAGGGAGUCAAAGGAGUGAGAGCUUGCUCAGUGUGGUCUCUGGUGGAGUGAGCAUCCCCACACAGGGAGAACAAACUCCCCAGGAUCCAAGCAACUCCUUGCUUGCUUCUAAUAACUCACCUCUUGUAUAUUCAUUGCCAAGUUUUGCUCUGGCUCCAUGUCUGCAAAGUGAGACUUGUUCCAGGCCUAUAUCUCCUAAGCAGGACAGACUAAGCCUAGAGCAAGUGUGUGCAGAGACCAUUUACCUCAACAAAUGCAUCAACAAUUUUAAAAAUGUUCUAAAAGAGAAAAGACUGAGACAGAAAAAACUUUUACAUGAGCUAGUACAGAAGGCAAACCAUCUCUCAGUAGAAGACAUACACUCAGAAGGAAAGCGAGGAGCCCUUCAGAUUCCACAUGAUGGUGACCCCUCUCUGCCUCAGUGGCUCCCAGAAGGGCCAGCCGGAGGGCUGUAUGGCAUUGACAGCAUGCCAGAUCUACGCAGAAAGAAGCCGCUGCCACUUGUCAGUGAUCUGUCACUGGUCCAGUCCCGGAAGGCAGGGAUUACUUCUGCAAUGGCUACACGCACCUCUCUCAAGGAUGAAGAGCUGAAAUCCCAUGUGUAUAAGAAAACCCUGCAGGCCUUAAUCUACCCCAUCUCGUGCACCACACCCCACAACUUUGAGGUCUGGACGGCCACUACCCCAACCUACUGCUAUGAGUGUGAAGGCCUGCUCUGGGGCAUCGCCCGGCAGGGGAUGCGCUGCAGCGAGUGUGGAGUCAAGUGCCAUGAGAAGUGCCAGGACCUGCUCAAUGCCGACUGCCUACAGCGGGCUGCAGAAAAGAGCUCUAAACAUGGAGCUGAGGACCGGACCCAAAACAUUAUCAUGGCCAUGAAGGACCGCAUGAAGAUCCGAGAGCGAAAUAAGCCAGAGAUCUUUGAAGUUAUCCGGGAUGUCUUCACAGUGAGCAAAGUUGCCCAUGUGCAGCAGAUGAAAACAGUGAAGCAGAGUGUACUGGAUGGCACCUCCAAAUGGUCGGCCAAGAUUACCAUCACUGUGGUGUGUGCGCAGGGCCUACAAGCCAAGGACAAAACAGGAUCCAGUGACCCUUAUGUGACUGUGCAAGUCGGCAAAACCAAGAAGCGCACCAAGACCAUUUUUGGAAACUUGAAUCCUGUUUGGGAGGAGAAGUUCCAUUUCGAGUGCCACAACUCUUCUGACCGCAUUAAGGUACGUGUGUGGGAUGAAGAUGAUGACAUCAAGUCAAGAGUAAAACAGCGGCUAAAGCGAGAGUCCGAUGAUUUCCUUGGCCAAACCAUCAUUGAGGUUCGGACACUAAGUGGUGAAAUGGACGUCUGGUACAACUUGGAGAAGAGGACAGACAAGUCAGCCGUCUCAGGGGCUAUCCGACUACAAAUCAGCGUGGAGAUCAAGGGGGAGGAGAAGGUAGCCCCGUAUCAUGUGCAGUAUACGUGUCUCCAUGAGAACCUUUUCCAUUACCUCACAGACAUUCAGGGCAGUGGAGGAGUCCGGAUCCCUGAGGCUAGAGGAGACGAUGCGUGGAAGGUGUACUUUGAUGAGACAGCCCAAGAAAUUGUGGAUGAAUUUGCUAUGCGCUAUGGCAUCGAGUCCAUAUAUCAGGCCAUGACGCACUUUGCAUGUUUGUCAUCCAAGUACAUGUGUCCUGGUGUGCCAGCAGUGAUGAGCACCUUACUGGCCAACAUCAAUGCCUACUAUGCCCACACAACUGCUUCUACCAAUGUCUCUGCAUCUGAUCGCUUUGCAGCCUCCAACUUUGGGAAAGAGAGAUUUGUAAAACUGCUGGACCAGCUACACAACUCACUGAGGAUCGACCUCUCUAUGUACAGGAAUAAUUUCCCUGCUGGGAGUCCUGAGCGGCUUCAGGACUUAAAAUCCACAGUAGAUUUGCUGACCAGCAUUACUUUCUUCAGAAUGAAGGUACAAGAACUGCAAAGCCCUCCAAGAGCCAGCCAGGUAGUAAAGGAUUGUGUGAAGGCCUGUUUGAACUCUACAUAUGAGUAUAUCUUCAACAACUGCCAUGACUUAUACAGCCGCCAGUACCAACUGAAGCAGGAGCUACCUCCAGAGGAACAAGGGCCCAGUAUUCGGAACCUGGAUUUCUGGCCCAAACUCAUCACACUCAUUGUGUCAAUCAUAGAGGAAGAUAAGAAUUCCUACACACCUGUUCUGAACCAGUUUCCUCAGGAGUUGAAUGUGGGAAAAGUCAGCGCAGAAGUGAUGUGGCAUCUGUUUGCCCAAGACAUGAAAUAUGCAUUGGAGGAGCAUGAGAAAGACCGGCUAUGUAAGAGUGCUGACUACAUGAACCUGCACUUCAAGGUGAAGUGGCUCCACAAUGAAUACGUGCGGGAUCUGCCUGCCCUCCAGGGGCAGGUGCCUGAGUACCCAGCGUGGUUUGAGCAGUUUGUGCUUCAAUGGCUGGAUGAGAAUGAGGAUGUGUCCCUGGAAUUCCUGCGUGGGGCCCUGGAACGAGAUAAGAAGGAUGGGUUCCAGCAGACAUCAGAGCAUGCACUCUUUUCCUGCUCUGUGGUAGACGUCUUUACACAACUCAACCAGAGCUUUGAGAUCAUCCGGAAGCUGGAAUGCCCAGACCCAACCAUCCUUGCCCACUACAUGAGGAGAUUUACUAAGACCAUCGGGAAGGUGCUGAUGGAGUAUGCAGACAUCUUAUCAAAGAACUUCCCAGCUUACUGCACAAAGGAGAAACUGCCCUGCAUCCUGAUGAACAACAUGCAGCAGCUGAGGGUCCAGCUGGAGAAAAUGUUUGAGGCCAUGGGAGGCAAGGAGCUGGACCCUGAAGCUGCAGACAGUCUGAAAGAGCUGCAGGUGAAACUGAAUACAGUUCUGGACGAGCUCAGCAUGGUGUUUGGAAACAGUUUCCAGGUGCGGAUUGAUGAGUGUGUUCGACAGAUGGCCGACAUCCUGGGCCAGGUCCGGGGCACAGGGAAUGCAUCCCCCAACGCCCGGGCCUCAGUGGCUCAGGAUGCAGAUAGUGUGCUCCGGCCUCUCAUGGACUUCCUGGAUGGCAACCUCACACUCUUUGCCACUGUAUGUGAGAAGACAGUUCUGAAGCGUGUACUAAAGGAGCUCUGGCGGGUGGUAAUGAACACAAUGGAAAGGAUGAUUGUUCUGCCCCCUCUCACUGACCAGACGGGCACCCAGCUGAUAUUCACUGCUGCCAAGGAGCUGAGCCAUCUUUCCAAACUCAAGGACCACAUGGUGCGAGAGGAAACACGGAAUCUCACUCCAAAGCAGUGUGCUGUUCUCGACCUCGCCCUGGACACCAUCAAGCAAUACUUCCAUGCGGGAGGCAAUGGGCUGAAGAAAACCUUCCUGGAGAAGAGCCCAGAUUUGCAGUCCCUACGCUAUGCCCUGUCUCUGUAUACACAGACCACAGACACUCUCAUCAAGACCUUUGUGCGCUCACAGACUGCCCAGGUGCAUGAUGGGAAAGGUAUUAGGUUUACUGCUAAUGAGGACAUUCGGCCAGAAAAGGGGUCUGGUGUGGAUGAUCCAGUGGGAGAAGUAUCUAUUCAGGUGGACUUGUUUACACACCCUGGUACUGGGGAGCACAAGGUUACAGUGAAAGUGGUUGCUGCUAAUGACCUCAAGUGGCAGACAGCAGGUAUGUUCCGGCCUUUUGUGGAAGUGACCAUGGUUGGCCCACACCAAAGUGAUAAGAAGAGAAAGUUCACAACCAAGUCCAAAAGCAACAACUGGGCCCCCAAGUACAAUGAGACAUUCCACUUCCUCCUGGGAAAUGAAGAGGGGCCAGAGGCCUAUGAGUUGCAGAUAUGCGUGAAGGAUUAUUGCUUUGCCCGGGAGGAUCGUGUGCUCGGGCUGGCUGUGAUGCCUCUGAGGGAUGUGGCAGCUAAGGGCAGCUGUGCCUGCUGGUGCCCCUUGGGCCGGAAGAUCCACAUGGAUGAGACAGGCAUGACCAUUCUCCGGAUUUUGUCUCAGAGGAGCAAUGACGAGGUGGCCCGAGAAUUUGUGAAACUCAAAUCAGAAUCUCGUUCCACAGAGGAGGGGAGCUGAACACCUUUGGCUCCUGUGCCAACCAGGCAGCACCACUUCCACAAAUCAGGACCAAUGCGAGUUAGCUAUGUAGCCAGCUUAGGGUCCUUGUAGUCAAAAAGCUGACCCCUUCAGUUAAAGAUAUUUAGGGACAAAUUUGAGAUGGUGAGAAUAUGACUUUUCAUAGAAAGGGUCAUGAAUCUCUGACCAGCAGGUCUGUUGUGCCAGGGGCUAGACUGUGGGGGUUACCACAUGGAGAGAUUUUCAGUAAAGAGAGAAGGACAGACAUUUCUGAGAAUGUCAGCCAUUCUUGGUAGACACCCCUCCACUCCACAUCUCAUCUCUACAUCACACGUUAUCCAGUUAAACACAUACACACCAUCAUUACAAGAACAAGUAGAGGUCCUGGAGCUUGUUCCUGGCUGGCUAGGUAGUCAGUUGAGCCUAUAGGGAUUGCUGAGCCCUGUGGUCUGUAUUGGAGUAUGGGCCAGGGCAGGAGCACACAGAAUAGAAUUCAGACUGUCCCUUGAGCAGAAUACACUGGUUUUGUGUGGCUCCAGUGAGAAUAAGGCUUUGAAACUGAACAAGAUGCCUUCUAGAAAUGGGCUGUGCUAAUCCCUUUCCCUAGAUUAUAUCAUGAGUAGAACCAGGUUUAUGUGGUGCUUCAGAGCUCUGAGCAGAAUAUUUCUUUGGAACCCAGGCACUAGGGACCACCUACCCAGGAGUCCCCCUACCUCACUCCUGUAGACAGGGGAGUGAUGAUUUCAGGACAUGAGAGGCUGUACUUACAUGUCUCUACUUGGGGGCUAAUUGAAGGACCCAGGAGUAUUUUCCUCUUGGGUAGGCCCUGAACAAAGCCAAAAAUUGUAGAAACCAGUCUAGAGUCCUUCUCACCUAUGGCCACUGCCUUCUGGCUGUUCUCCACCUUGCAGAAAGAAUUUAGCCUUUGGCCUUUCUCCCUUUCAUCUGGGUCAGCUGCUAUACCCUUCAUAGAUGUUCAACCCUACAGAAGGAGCUUGGACUCUGAUACCUCUGUACAGGCUGGAUGGAGGGGGCCUCAGUGCUCCCUAGGAGGUCAGAGACAGACUUCCAGGGGGGUCGGAUGGACUUACCUAGACCUUGCUCAGAGGUGUGAAAUGGUCCUUGGAUUUCCUCGGCAGCAGCCUCCUGGACAUACUGAGGACUCAGCAUUUUCCACAGCUUUACUGACCAUUAUGUGAAACAAGAAACCAAGCAUCUUUGCUGUUGUUAAUUAUUGUGUGUGCCAUUGUUACAGGAAAUUGUAUGCUAGUCUACAAUAAAUUAUAGCAGCCUU